AUGGCACGCAACUAUACGCAAUUGGACGUCGAUGCGACGCUUGCCAAACUUUCGGUAACGGAAAAGACCAACUUGCUCGCUGGGAAAGGUGCGUUUGGACUCGAUGAACUUCGUGUUGCCCACACGGCCCUGAGGCCUGAGGCCUGAGGCCUGAGGCCUGAGGCCUGAGCUUCGACGACACAGUGAUGAUCGAUGACGAGCUCCCUCACUGCCUCCGCCUUGGAGCAUGACACGCGGCUGCAUCAUGCCUUGAGGCCCCUGUAGUCUGGCCCUACACCUACAGGUUAAGGUGACGACAGCUGAUAAGCAUCGUCUUUCACCCCUGACCCGCCGGCUACAGACUUUUGGCACCUCAACGAGGUUCAACGGCACGGGAUCCCAUCGGUCCGAGUCUCGGACGGGCCCAAUGGCGUCAGGGGGACCAAGUUCUUCAACGGUGUCAAGGUAUGAUCUCACUUCACGACCCAGCUGACACAAGGUAAACGAGCUCAAUACUUUGUGUCAUUUUCAUGACAGGCCAACUGCUUCCCCUGCAGCACCGGACUCGGCGCCUCGUUCGACAAGCCGCUCGCGAAAAAGGUCGGCGCCGCGCUCGGUCACGAAGCGCGCGCCAAAGGGGCUCACGUCUUGCUCGGACCGGUGAGUUUGGCCCGCGGCUGGACAUCAGUUCACCGGUAGAGACAUAAUGCGGCCGGGAGUUAUUGACUCUCUUCCUCCCCCGGUCAUAUAGACAUGCAACAUGCAACGCUCGCCCCUCGGCGGUCGUGGUUUCGAGUCGUUCGCCGAGGACCCCCACCUCAGUGGGAUGCUGACCGCGAACUAUGUCGAAGGCGUCCAAUCGACGGGUGUCGCCGCGUGCGUCAAACACUUUGUCGCCAAUGACCAAGAGGUGUGUAGUGUUCCAUUCAGCACGACUCCAAAGAGAUGCACUCACGUAUUGGGAGAAUACAUCACACAGUUCGAGAGGUUCUCGUCCGAUUCGGUCGUCGGUGCCCGAGCACUGCGUGAGAUCUAUCUCGAGCCCUUCCGACUCGCGGUCAAGCAUGCCCAUCCUUUGACGUUCAUGUCGUCCUACAACCGCGUCAAUGGGAUCCAUGUGUCUGAAUCCAAGGAUCUGCUCGACGACGUCCUCCGCAAGGAAUGGGGUUUCGACGGGCUCGUCAUGUCGGACUGGACGGGGACUUACUCGACCGACGCGGCCGUCAAAGCCGGUUUGGACCUCGAAAUGCCCGGACCUACGACGAUGCGAGGUGCUGCCAUCGGUCGCAUGUUGACUGCUGGUAAGCUCACGGUAUCUGACAUUGAUGCACGAGUGCGUAACGUGCUCGAGCUCGUCAACCACGCCAUCGCAUCAGGCAUCCCUUUCAACAGUCCCGAGUCACUCGUUGAUACGCCCGAAUCCCGAGCUUUGCUGCGUGAAGCCGCCAUCUCGGCGCACGUCUUGCUCAAGAACUCGGACUCGUUACUUCCUCUCAAACAUGCGAAGAAGAUCGCCGUCAUCGGUGCGAACGCCAAGGUUCCCGUCGCGAGUGGUGGUGGAUCAGCUUCCCUCGCUUCGACCUACACCGUCUCCCCUCUCGAAGGCAUCACUUCCGCGGCUGAAGAAAUUGGAGCCAAAGUCGAAUUUGCGAAUGGUUGUUCGACCUUCCGUUAUCUGCCCCUCUUGAAUCCUCUGAUGAAGAAUGGCAAGCUGGAGGCGUGGAAGGACGAUUUCCUGGACGACUGGUACCAAUCGAAGUUUGACGAUGCCAAAGCCCCUAAACCGGACUAUCAGUGCAAUCUCGAUACUUCGAUGGGGAUCCUCGUCGAUGAUCGGUCGGUUUACGCCAAGUUGGGGGCUACACCUCGAACGAGGGUGGGUGAACGAACACAGGACUGAUCGUAUUCGAGCCUCACUGACCGUUCCGCUCGUCUCUCCAGAUCUCCUGCACCUACACCCCGGAGACCUCGGGCCCCUACCUCAUCGAUCUCUGCACCCUCGGCUUCGGCUCCGUUCUCAUCGAUGGCCGCGUCGUCCUCGACAACAUCAAGACGCGCAAGAGCGGCGAGAUCUUUUUCGGCGGAGGAUCGGAAGAGGAGAGCGCGACGAUCCAAUUGGAGAAGGGGAGGGAGUAUUUGAUCGAGUUGAGGCAUUCGAAUGAUCUGACCAGCGUCGAGGCGAGCCCGUUCUCGACUAUGCCGCAGGCGAUUGGUCAGUUCAUACACUCUAUGAAACCUCUGGGCUAUCCUUCGCUGACCUUUACGCUAUCGGUCUUGUGAUCAGGCUUCCGCCUCGGUUUGUACCCUGACCAACCGGAAGAAGUCGCUUGUCAAGAAGCGGUCGAGCUCGCCAAGGCCAGUGAUGGUGAGUCGCGGAGAGCCCCGCACGAUGAUGAUUGAAAGUAACAUUCCUCUGACAAUUGCCCUCGUACACGCUUUCCCGUGUCUUAGUUGCCAUUGUCGUUGUCGGCACCAACAAGGACUGGGAAUCCGAAGGUUUCGACCGUAAAACCAUUGCCCUCCCCGGAGCCCAAGACGCCCUCGUCCAAGCCGUCCUUGCCGCCAACCCCAAGACCAUCAUCGUCACUCAAUCAGGCUGUCCCGUUUCGAUGCCUUGGAUCGAACAAGCUUCAACGGUCCUGCAAGCGUUCUUUGGCGGUAACGAAUUGGGCAAUGCGUUGGCCGACAUCGUGUUUGGUAAAGUCAACCCGAGUGGGAAGUUGCCAAUGACGUUCCCGUGAGUGUCAUUAAUUUUUACAUCACAAGAGCUCUGUUCAGGGAGCUGAACAACAGGCUCUUGACUGGAACUCGCAGUGUCAAACUGGAGGACAACCCUUCGUUCGAUUCGUUCGGGAUUACUUCGUCUACGCCCGGGGCAGCGCAUUACACCGAAGUAAGCUCAGGCUCUUUAAUCCAUUAAAUUCUUGCCCCAGCUAAGCCACUACCGCGUCUCCUCUCCUCUCAGGGUAUUUACAUGGGUUACAGGCACUACGACGCGAACAACAUCGUCCCUCUCUUCCCCUUCGGUUUCGGACUCUCCUACACCACGUUCUCUCUGUCCUCCCUAUCCCUCACACCCCUUUCCUCUCAAGCCGAAUGCACUUUGAGCAUCAAAGUCCGCAACACCGGUUCGCUGCCAGGUCGUUCAGUCGUCCAAGUCUACAUCGGCGCAGUAGGCGGCGCUCGUGGCGUCGAUCGACCUAAAAAAGAAUUGAUUGGCUUUACGAAAACUUCCCUUCUUCAACCGGGGGAGGAAAAGGUAGUGAAAGUGGAAGUGACGAAGGAAGCGUUCAGUUAUUGGGAUGAGAAGAAGGGAUCUUGGUCUGUCGAAGAGGGGGAGUAUGAAAUUUUGGUAGGGGAGAAUUCGGGGGAGUUGAAGUUGGGGGAGAAGGUUGUGGUGAAGGAGGCUUUCGAUUGGAGGGGUUUGUGA